CCCAAAAUUAGUUGAAAGGCUAAGGGAUUCUCUUCCUGAGAAGAAGCUGACAGCCUUCAAACAGAGCAAAAAAAGUUCUUUGUCAUGUGCGACGUGAAGACAGGAUUUGUCCAGGAUAUUAUAGUUUACACAGGGUCCACCACUGACAUCCAACAUUAUGAGGGGCUUGGGGUGUCCGGGUCCGGGGUGAUGACCAUGCUGGCUCCUCAUCUCGGCAAGGGACACACUUUGUACAUGGACAAUUGGUACAGCAGUCCCACACUCUUCCAGCAUCUGCUCUCCAACAGCACAGGGGCCUGUGGCACAGUCAGGUCGAACAGGAAGGGGAUGCCGGCAUUCGGAUGCAGGAAGAUGCAGAGAGGGGAGGUGGAGUUCCAGGAGAACGGUCAACAGCUGGCAGUAAAGUGGCAUGACAAACGAGACGUCCAUGUCCUCUCCACUGUCCAUACAGCAACCAUGUCGGCCACAGGGAAGGUGGACCACCUGACGGGAGAGAGAAAGAUCAAACCAGAUUGUGUGCUUGACUAUAACCUCAAAAUGGGGGCCGUGGAUAAGGCGGACAUGAUAAACAGCUUUGUGGAAUGCACUCGGAAAACGACCAAGUGGUAUAAGAAGAUAUUUUUCCAGCUGAUCGACACUGCUGUCCUCAACGGCAGCAUAGUUCACCGCCAACUAACAGGUAAAGUAAUUACCUACCAAAAAUACAGAGAGAACCUCAUGAGAGAGCUGUUGGAGGAGCACCACACCCUUCGGCGCCCCUCCACUGGACUCGCCCUGCUGUAG